CCUUGGUCAAUGUCAAAAGCCGCCCACGCGACGUCAAGCGCGGGGCAUUUUCACAUGGAGGGGCAGCCUGCUGCAUUUCAUCAUUGGGCGUCGCAUCGCAUUACCAAAAACUUUUGGUUGCAACCGAACAUUUAACCAUGGCUGAGGCAACGAUAACUGAGGCCUCUCUGAAGAGCGCCAUCACAGAGCGACUGAAUGCCGUCCAUGUAGAAAUCACAGAUAUGUCUGGUGGCUGCGGCCAGGCUUUCACGUGCACCAUCGUGUCGCCUCAGUUCGCCGGGUUGAACUCGCUGAAGAGGCAUCGAGCAGUGAACGCGGCGCUCAAGCAAGAGAUAGCAGCCAUACACGCCUGGAGCGCCAAGUGCCAGACGCCGGAGGAGUACGAGAAGACGAAGACACAAGCGGGGUCGAAACCGCCGCUCGACGGUACGGUUGGGGGCCAAGUACAGGGCACGGCUGCGUAAUAGCAGACGUGGCCAGUUAUACGAUUACGAACGGCGUCACCUCUGGGAGAAAAGCAGACGAUAUACAAGCCCACCUACGACCUGGGCUGUAUUCUGCUGGGACUUGCCGAGACAUAGCCCUUGUGAUGGAGAGGCAUCAUACAUAGGCAUCCCGGGACUAAUACCGGUAUAUACGAAAUAAUCCACAAGCUACAAUCACCCAAGAUUUGUGUACUGCGCUAACUCGCGCUCGCGCCCUUGAAAUCAUGUUAUUUUACCCCUGUCCCUAAAAUGUUCUGCUUUUGGUUGAACGGCUACUGGAAGGUGAUGUUGGUGAUGUGAAAACUAACAAAGACCCAUCGAGUAUGUAUGAAACGCACAUCCCUUCCUCCUUAGGAAACUUCGUCGCUGAAUCGUUGUGAUAACUUCGACAU